CUUUCCUGGUUCCUCCGUUUCGGGUUUUUCGUGCGGAGCAGCGCGUUGCUUGUGUUUCUCCGGCGACCAAGCGAAAGCAGGCAGCACUGCUCGCGGCGAGUAUCGUGGAGAGUGUGAGGCUGGCGAGGCGACGCUUCGUUCGUCGGCCCGUACGUGUGUGUAGUACGCGAUUGUCUUGUUGCGGGUCGUUCACAUUUGGUGUCGAGCAAGAUUCGGAGUACACGAGCCCCGCGAAACUCUCCGCCUGAUUUAUAAGGGCACGGCCCCAGGUUCGUUAGUGGAAUCAAAACAAACAGGCCACAGGAUGGAGUGUGGUCUGGCAGCGGGCACAGGGUCCCUCAAGGGUCCCGGGGAGUGCCUUGCAGCUUGUCCCAAGACGCUGCAUGUCAACUUUGAAGGAGGUGACAAGGAAGAGCUGCAGGACCGCAAGAAGAAGUACCUGACGGCCAAGUACGGCCCACACCAGAUGAGCCUCAUCAAGAAGCGGCUGCGCGUUGAGAUGUGGAUGUAUGAGCAGCUCCAGCGACUCUUUGCCUGCUCGGAUGACAACCACGACAUCGAAAUAGACUUGGAUGAGCUUUUGGACAUGGAGAGUGAUCACCGUCGAAGAGACUUUCUCAGGGCAAAAUUGGUGGGUGCCAAACAGACUCGGGACCAAGUUGAGAUGUUCAUCGACGAGCUGAUACAGCGGGCCAAGACCCUGUGAGAAGCUCCGCAAGCAAGGUGUUCGUCCUAGUCAUCAGGACCCAUGUUCUUAAAAAAUCUCACCGCACCCAUAUGCUUGUACACCUCGGCCCCACUGUGUCCUCUGCAUGCCUUACCGUGCGUUUCUUUUUAAAUUUUUUGCUCAUUGCAGCGAAGGCAUGCUUUCCAUCACCACAUUGUUCAUGUUCAUCUAAAUUCCUUGGCCACAUGUGGCAGCGGUCUAGUUGGAAAUGGGAUAUGUGAAAUGAGAUGCACCUGCUUUUGCAACAGUUUUGCCCUGGACGACAAAAACUGAGAUUGUUUUGGCUGAUUAAGGGAAGCUGGCCAAACAGUGGCUGCUUACACACCUUUUCAAGAUUGAACCAUAGAAGGUACCUGCUUGUGGAACUGUUCUUAUCUCCAGAAAGUAUCCACUUUCCGUGCUCUGUGUGGCAUCACCUUCAUCAUUGAGAGUCCUCGUCCUGUGCCAUCAUCAUCCUGCUUGGUGCUGAUGAUGAUGAUGUGGGAUGAGGGCUUGCGGUGAUGAAGGUGACGCUAUAUCCCGGAUAUAUCUAUAGCAUAGGCACCUGCACAUGGGAUGCAAGUGAGGCAAUGCUUCCAAAGCCUGCUUAAAGAGCCAUGGAUUUUUUUGCCUCAUAGUGUUUGGUCUCGUGCAGAACUGCCAGGUGAGAGGCGACUCACUUGGAGCAGUUAAGGGUGCACUAUAAGGAGUGAAAGUUUCUCAUUCCUUUUUGAUGACAUGUUUUUGAAUGGAUCCACUUGGCAGAUAGCUGGUGCUUGGCUAAUGUGAGCUGGUAAAGACGCAGACACCAGAAUGCAGGUGUUUGGAAAAGAUGUUAUCGGGAGAUUAGGACCUCUAUUUAGCAGGCAUUCCUGCAAAGCCAGAAUACUCGGCUGAGACUGUUGGACGUAUUUUGAAAUCUAACAUUGGAAAGCUGAUCUCCAUAGAGUGGAGAUGGUUUUGCAAGCUGGAAGACUUACAUUAAGAACACUGCCACAUGCUUAACAUGAAUUCUCCUCCGGCUUAUUAAUAAAUUUAAAGAUUGGCUUGUUCUGGAAUUUGUGCUGCUGAGCAGGAAGACAAAAGUGAACAGCAAGUGAAGCUGUGUUUGGCUGCAUUCUUUGGCGUAUGUUCUGCUUCUGAGAUCAGUGACACUGAUCCUUGCAGUCUCUGAAGAUCUUGCUGUCAGUGCAGUAUGCACUGGGUUCCAACUCCCCAUUUUGCCCUACACCAUCUUUGUUUGAGCAGUACCAAAGCUGACAGCCACAGCUUAUGGUUUGUUGGCUAACUUUUAUCCACAAAACAUUUGCCGCACGAAAGUUUUUAGGGCAUUUCCAGUGCUGUUAGUAAUGUAGUUUUGCAGCUUUUGGACUCUUUAAAACCUAGUUUAUAACAGCGAGAGGCAUAGAGGAGCGUACAAUGGAGGAGACAUGCCUGUUCUGGGGGUACACAUUAUUCACGCUUCAUCCUCCACAGUAUUUCACUAGCUGACGUUUUGGAAAGAAGGUUCCACAGUAGUUUUCCUUCAUGCAUGCUUGGAAACCUGCAUGUUAAUCCACGAGGCGGCCUGCCAGUAGAAACUUUCCACUUACAAGUGUAACAACUUGACUAACUUUUCCAUUACUAUUUCACACAGCCAGUACCGUCGCACCAAAGAAAUUGCAUAAUUAAGUGAAACAACACAAUUGACAGACAUGGCCACACCUUGCAUCUUCUGCAGCUUUCAUGUGAACUGUGGUAGCACCAGUACUCAGACUCGCUCCUUAGUACUAGCUCCUGUAGAAUUAUGCACUCUUGUGGGCGGAGCUGUUUGUCACACAUACGUCACACAUAACCGGAAAAAUGUGGGUCUUGCUAGAGUCAUAGUGCCCCGACAGAAUGUGCGGGCAAGUACUGCAUUCUUGAGUUACAUUAUAAGCAGUUCACUCUGCCUGCACUGGCCCAAGCCAUCGUUUUUUUGCUUUAUCUGAAAGACGUUAACUUUGCGAAUCUGUCCAUAAUUAAAGACUAGGAUUUGUCCACGCAUUUCUGACCUUCAGUGCUUAGCCAUUGUAUUCGUGCCGGCUGUGCAUGUUACCAUGUUUUCUACAAAUGGCGGUUCCCGAACUGAAUAGGAUUAGUUAACACUCUCUCUUGAAAGAUUUGCUGAGAAACAGUUUUUAUGCUUAAGUUACUCUCAAGUCUGCAGUGUGCCAGUUCAACAUGUAAUUUUAUCAUUUGUUCUAGAUAGGAGUUUGCAUAUCAUUCUAAUUCAGUGCUUUCAUAGUUUCUAUGCAAAUGCAGCAUCUCAAUAUAUAUUAUCUCUUGCAGCUGUCAUUAGUGGUGAUUCAUCAAAAAGUUUCAAGCUGUAGCUAGGCACGAUGGAGCAGAUAUGCUGAAUUUAUUGUGACAAAGCUUGUAGCAAUAGAGUAGCAUUUUGUCUUUUUUGCAGAUGACUGGAGGAGAAAUAAAGCUUCCAGCACCAUUUUACAACCGCGUUCUUACACGACUUACCAUGCUGCCUUAAUGCAGACAUUUUUGGUAUUUGCUGGACAGUAGUAAAUUAGAUGGUUACCAAAAUCUUCACAAUACUCCUCAUACUGAAAGUCCUUCUUAUAGGUAGUUGUAAAUCCUUGUGUUUAACUGUACUGCUAGGAGAUUGGUUGGCCGUGCAGGUUUCUGUCUGGUUGCUCGAGAAGCUUCCUCUAAAUUUGAAAUGGCAUAAGCCAGGGAUGCUUCAGAACAGGAGAACAGCGGGCGACGCACAAGCACUGUGUGCCGUCUCCUGUUGGCCUGUUUGUCAGCGCGGUUCCAAGUAUGCAUUAACCAGCCAUAAUUAGCACACUGCUGACACUUCUAGUACAUUCAACUGGUCGCGUUCAAGUAUUCAAACAGCGUGCUUUACAUAUGGCUGGUUGAAACUGAGUGCUUGGAACACAUUCGCCUGGUUCAUUCAGGGCACCACGCUACAGCUCAGAGCGUUAGAGGUGCUCUCAGCUUUGUGGUGGUACAUUGAGUGAAAUCCGAUUAAAUAUUGCAGUCACUUGGCUUCUCUGAUUGCUCUGGGAGCUGCUGAUCAUUUGGCUCAGGCAAAAUUUCUCUAGCUCCAAUCUUAACAAGGCCUCGCAUCAUCGCAAACAGAGUUGGACCACAGUAGGAACCAGUCGAAUGUGCCUUUAGCGCUGAAUAAAGGAGAAACCUGAGUACAAAAAGUUGUUGUAGGAAGCAUGGGCCACAUUAAAAGCUUAAUGGCUGUGAAGGUUGCCUGUUCUAUAAAGUCUAUGAGAGAGAAAAGUACUGUUGUUUUCAAUGUGACAUUGAAGUUAUGGGGUCAGCAGUUGAUUGUCAGAAGCAGCCUCCAUAAUCUCUUGUUUGGAGAGGAAGACUGCAAUGUGUUGCUGUAGUUUAUAGUAUACUUGUGCUGCAAUGAUGGUAAGAUGUACCUGUUUUUGGGUGACUCAGGCUCAUUUAGGAGUUGGGAGAUAUUGCAUGAACAUUUUUCACACUAGAACACUGUCUUCUGUUAUGUGAUGUUCUUAUGCUACUGCCAUCUAUUUUGUUUCACACAUACUUUUGGUGCAAGACUCAUUUUUCAAGGUGCGAGGUCUUUUCCUGCAGUUUUGCUGCAGACAUAAGGCAAUUUGGUGUUAACAUGCCGAUGUAAUGUGCAAGUGUGAAUUUAGAAUGCAACGAAAAUUAAGCAGUGUACAUUCUGAUGCCAGUACGCCUUACUGGCAAACACACUGCAUGUUUACUUCUUUGUUCAUUAGUGUUUUAAACUACUGCAUUACAUUUGCCUUGUGCAUGCUUUUAACAUUGUUUUAGUGAGGACUUCGUGGUACACGUGCCAUGAACGCAGCACAGGCAUGUGCAUUGAAACUGAUCUUUUCCAUUUUCUUUUUGUUCAGUAUUCCACACACAAAGCACAUUGUCACCAAACAGAUGGUUUUCAAAGGAACAGCGACUUGCACCUACAGUGUUUGGAUUAUCAUCGAUGUUGCAGAAUUCAGUGUUUCACGUUAUGGCCACCUGCUAUAUUUGCAUGUCCUCAGCAGUGGCAGAAUGGCCUUGCGAUUUAACUUCAACGCUAACUUCCAUCACUGGUCAACUUCUGGCCACCAUGCUUAACUUCGCAGUGUUGACAACUUGCUGUCGUGUUACUAUUUUCAGUGUGUGCUUAUUUACACACCAAUAUGUUUGAAACUUCUAAGAGUCUUUUAAUAGUUGUGUGCACGUCAUCACAGGGGCAGCUUUGAAGCCUUCAUUUUUCAUGCACUCAUAACCAAGCAUACAAUCGUGCUGGUGCCAUGUGGAAUGAAAUCGGCUGUGUAGAGGUUGUUUAGUUUCUUCUGCAAAGUGUUGGUCAGUGUGCUGUUGUGCCGUUAUUUCUCGGGUAGACGUGCUCGUAAGGCAGCGCUGGUAGUUGACUACGAGCUGAUUAUGGUGCGCGAGUUGAGAAUUGCUUUUGAUAAGGUCACUUGCUUGUUGGACGAGUUGGAAUAUUGCUAUAUUUAAGAGGAACUAGUGCAGAACUAAGAUGCAUAUGCAGGAGGAAACAAAGAAGUUAACUAAACAAAUAAUAAGAAGUGUACGAGACAAAAAACAAUAAAAUAAAAUUUAAAAAGUACACAAAGUCAAUCAUCAAAAAACUGAGCAAAGAAACAUUCACCAGGAACCCCUAAAUUCUCCAAUAGCAGUAUACAUUCCUCAGUGAAACAGUUUGGAGAUGUAGACUUCAUGAGGUGUGAUUAUAGCAUCCUAAUACCAGUCUGGUAGUUGAGUGCUUCUGGAUAAUGAGCUUCUAAGGAAGCCCAGGAUCCAUUUCUUGCACUUCGGUUUUUCAUGUCACGUGCAUCUUGUUCUAUGCUCGCUUCUCUUCAUAUCACUUUUGAGGAUGCAUGGCAUUGGUUAUAUACGUAACUGUUUACCCUGUGUCUUUCCUUUGCAAACCACUCUUGCUGCUGCAGCUUACCUCUUAACGGAGAGUUUGAGUUGAGCAUUUAAAGCACGUUGCACACAGCCUUGCGGCAUCCAUAAACAGUGCUCAUAUUGAUUGACUGCCAUGUCAGCGGUUUAAGUUCAUUUGUAUGAUGGGCCUCAUUGCACAAUGUGUGCAAAAUAUGCAGCACUAAUCAGAUUCGUCUGUAAAAGCUUUGAAAAUGUGAAAGUCUGCCAUGUUCUCUUUUGCCUGAGCAUGUUUAUACCGAGGAGUGUGAGCAGUUAAAAAGAAAGGUAAGCUAAAACGCUACAGCAGGGCAAGGUCACUGCUGCAAGAGUUCACGCAUGUUGGCACUGAAAACUGGCUGUGUGGUUGGCCACAGCUUUGUCAUUUUUGUCCAACGUGGUCUUUUACACUGAUGUUCAUAGCAUUAUGGCGAGACUGUUGAAUGUGAUGGUUACGACCAGUUAUUAUGGAAAGGCAGUUGUGCCUUUGUUUUGCUUUUUUUUUUUUCCAAAGUGGGUUACAAGCCAAUGUUUAAAAAAAAAUUGUCAUUUUACAAUGUUUCAUUGUAUUUAUUUGCGAGCUCAUUUACUUAAUAACAGAAAACUGUACAGAUGUUUUUACAUGCUGUAUUGCAUGCUUUUUUUUUUCUUCUAUACACAAAAAUGCUUGUCACCAAACAUUGUUUGAAGGCAAUAAAAAAAAAUGUCACUACAA